GCUGGAGACGGGAGCGGCCGAGCGGAGGAGCGGAGGAGCGGAGGAGCGGAGAUGUCGAAGCACGAAUUCUUCGUGGAUAUGACAUGUGAAGGCUGCUCUAAUGCAGUGACUCGAGUGCUGAAUAAACUAGGAGAUGUACAGUUUGAUAUUGAUCUCCCCAACAAGAAAGUUUUUAUUGACUCUAAACACAGUGUGGAGACUUUGACAGAACAUCUGAAAAAGACGGGGAAGGAUGUACAAUAUAUUGGAAAAAAGUAGAGCACAUAUGGUGGUCAAGGUAACUGAAAAGAAACACCAGCCAGACAGGUGAAAUCAAAGAAUUCCUCUGGCAGCAGAUUCAAUAGAACCAAAUUACAGGGCAACAGCAGCUGGAUUCUUUGUGAACAUAAUUAAAACUCUAACUUCAAUAAUUAUUAAUGUCAAAUUGAAUGGAAAGCAAAGAGCUGUUUGGACUAUUACAUUGCUGAAAAUGCCUUCAUUUAUAAUGUGUUAGAAUAGAUCUAUAAUUUUUCUUUUGCAUUCAUUUACACAAUAAAUAAAUGCAGUGGUCUCCAAUCUCCAGGCCGUGGACCGAUACAUACCGCGAAGAAUGCAGCGGUACAGCGGUGGCCGGAAUGCACCCAACACAUCUUUAAGAAAAAAGCCGAAAUAAACAAGCUAAUUAAUUAGGUGCCGCCCAGAUCAACCACCUCUGAUCUGGGCCGACAUUUACAUGCCGGGCGGCACCUAACUAAUUAGCUUGUUUAUUUCGGCUUUUUUCUUAAAGAUGUGCUGGGUGUGUCCUGGCCACCGCUGUACCGAUGCAUGCUUCACGGCCCGGAGGUUGGGGACCACUGAGUAAAUGUCUUAGUAAUUGAUAAAGUAUCUGCUGUGACUUUGCCUCUUGCCUUUGUCUGAAUCACUAAAUUAACUAUUAAAAUUGCUGAAGAUUUCAGUGUUGCAACGGACUUGGCAUCUGUUCCUUUGUUUUGCCUUCCCAAGGAUGACAGCAGCUUUGUACUUAAACUCAGUGGCUGCUUCUUUGGGUACAGGAAUGGAACCCAGUGUGCAUUUCUGCUGCUAUAGCCAUCCACUUUAAGGUUCAACAUAUUGUGCAUUUUGCAUACCACUGUUUGAAUCACUGUCGCCUUCCUGUCAGCUUGAACCAGUCUGGCCAUUCUCCUUUGACCUCUCUCUUUAGCAAGACGUUUUCACCCACAGAACUGCUGCUCACAGGAUGUGUUGUUUUUUGCUCACCAUUCUUUGUAAGCUCUAGAGAAUGUUAUGCAUGAAAUCCUUGGAGAUUAGGAGCUCCAGGAAUACUCAAACCACCCUAAGGGCACCAACAAUCAUUCUACAGUCAAAGUCAUUUGAAUCUAAACAACUGAGGCUACGUCCACACCAAGUGAUUUUGAAAAUACCUCUGUCCACAUUAAAAUGGGUAUUUGGACAAAUCUCCUCCUGCUGGGCAUGUGCAGGACACAUCUACAGAAAACAAGCGACAUGUUUGGUGUUGAAUCUCGCUGUGAAAGUGCACGUUUGUGCAGUUACUAGAAAAACUUAAAAAGAAAUUGCCAAACGAGCGAAAGCUGUUGGCUCUCGUGUAGGAGGACUUAAAACUAAAAAAAACAAAUACUGGAGCAUAUGGAGGCAACCGACAGGGAGUUCACAGACAGUAUGACCCGGCUGACAACGAAAAUUGAAAAACUGACUAACUCUGUUGCAUUAAUAAAGCACCUUGUUAAAUGUAUAAAACAUGUCUGCAUCAGUGUUAUCUUGUAUUUCCAUGCAAUGUUUCAGUAGGCUGUUACACAUCUAUUGUCAGAGAAGUACUUGCAUAAAUAGGUAAACCACCUUCAUACAAGCAAGGACAGAAAACAGAGCAAAGUGAGUAUACGUAUUUAUUCAGUAAGCUAUGGGUCAAAGUAUUUGGUGAGUACAUUUCUAACUCUUCUGGCUUCAGUCUCGUUGCCGUCUGUUCUGAAAUUGUUAGGUGGUGUGGGGGGGGUUGCGUUCAAGAAAACAAUGAAAUGCCACGCUGCCGCCAUCUGUUCCGGCACGUCAUGACAGCGUUUUUGAAAAUAUCCGUUUACCCCGUCCACACUGCUCUGCACAAUCGCUGUUUUCAAAUUUACACACUCUGGAGGGCAUUUUAGAAAAGUUCCGUUUUCGGGGGAGGAAAACACCGUUUCAGUGUGGAUGGAGGGUCAAAAUGAAGAGAAGAACCUUUGGUUACAGAUUUAUCCGGUCUAGUGUGGACGUAGCCUGAGACUCUUGACCAUGCCUGUAUGCUUUUAUGCAUUGAGUUCUUGCCACAUGAUUGGCUGAUUAGAUAUUUGCAUUAACGAGCAAGUGUACCUAACAAGUGUCCACUGAGUGUAUAGUCAGUGUGAAAUUCUGUACCGAUGCUGAAAUGUGCAUUGGUCUGUAUUUCAGAGUUUUGUCAUUUGCCUCUUGGAAAAUUGCACCUAAAGAUAAUCUGAUAAUGCAACUUUGGCAGAAAAACUAAUCAAGACUUCAAAAUUCCCUGUGUUAAUUAAAAAUGCAGCUCAGGUGCUAAUGUGAAGGAGUUGAUAUCAUUAAUUGGAAUACUGCAGUGUUUGUAUUAUAAUCUGUGUGUAAACAAGAUUCAUCACGUAAAAAAUUGUAGACAUUUGAGCAGCAGUGUGCUGAGGGAGUAAGCGAUAAUAUGCCUGGAUCUCUCAAUCUAUAGCAAUUUACAACGGAGGAGGAUGUUACUCUGCUGAUUGUUCUGAUUAUGGCCAUGAAAGAACUCACUGAUCUUUUGCUCUUGACCCCAUAGCCUUGUAGAUUGCAGCAAUUCAAAUAAUCACCCAAACACUUGUCUCCCUCUCAUGAGGGUUUCUGCCUCUUAUCGUCUAGGAAUUCAGACUGACACCAAGAUCUUGCAGCAAAUUUUUUCCUUUUGCCCUUUUAAUCAUACAGAUUGCUUUAAAUUUACCCCCUUUAUUCCGGCAGAGUGGGGGUACUAAAAUUAAUCCCUCAGUUUAAAGAUCUAGAAACUAUUUCUUAUACACCAAAUUAAUUCAUUGUUUUUGACUACUACUAUACCUGUACAUAGUACCCCCUUAGUUAUUGUUUGCCCUUGUCCAUACACUUCUAAUUCAAUUUAUGCCAUGUCCUGUUUGUAUAGUAGUAGUGCGAUCAUUGGAGUAGAGUAUAAUCUCCUAAUAGAUUGUCUUUAAAUGGAGAAUGCCUGUGCAUGACUGUUUAAUGUGGGGAGGCUGAUGCACGAGCAGCCACCACCGUCCUUGACAGAUCGAGGUCAGGGUUCAGUGGCACGGGAUAAAAGAAAACUGGAUCCUUCAUUGCCAUUGUGAUGUGUCAUCAUUUCCUCUCGCUCCACUAUUGAUUUACCAGUAGUAAGCUCCAGACAGCAUCUAUCUCGGGAUGUCAGACAAGGUAACGAUCCUUGGAGAAGUGUUUAUAUAACUGUGCAAAGCAAAAUAUAUUAUCAUAAAAGUUGCAAAGUUUAAGUUCAUUGCAGUCUCUGAAAAUUGAAGCAACAACUGCUGCAAGAAUUGAACGGGUCAGGAUGGAUCUGUGGAGAAAGAAACAAAAUCUAUGGUAUCUAUGACUAAAAGACUGCCUGAUGUGCAGGAAUGAUUAAAUAAAUUGUAACUUUUGUGUUAAGACUCGAAGCAAGCGUCUGAUAAAUGCAAUUUUUGGAUUUUGUUGUGUCUCAUUGAGAAUCAAUAUUUGUACAGUUUUCACUAUUAGGUACAGUUUUCUGGUGAAGCUUGUGGAUUAUGCUACACAGAUUUUGACUGGGAAUUGAUUAUAAUGUUUCUAAUUUGUGAAAUAUUCUCUGUUCUCUGAAAGGAGAGAAGCUUGAAUUGUUCUAUUUUACCAGCCAUGAAGUCCUAAAGCUUGGCAAAACCUGUCAGAGUGAAGUAAAAAAAACAGUAAGGUUAAUCAGAAAAAUUACAUUAACAGUCAAAUAAAAAUAAAUAUUUGUCAAGCUAUUUGUGCUGGUGCAGCAGCUUUUAGUUAUAUGGCUGUCAUGAAGGCCUGUCUGUUCUCCUGCAUUCAAUUUAUUUAGAAUCAGGUUCAGAUUUAUUCCUGAUUUCUAUGACAUGAAAUCUGUUGUUUUGCAGAGCGUAAAAAUGUAAAGUUGCUAUAAAUUACAAAAAUAAAUCAUGCAA